AUGGACAAAGACAGCUAUCCUUCUUCUUCACAAAAAAGAACCUUGCUCCUGCUGGAGUUGUUGCAAUGUAUAGUUAGACAGUUAAAAGACAGACAUCAUAUGGUCGGCAGUGUAAAGGUUGACAGGGUCAAAAGGUGUUUCCAAAUGAUGUCUCAUUUGCCCUGCACAGUUUGGAUCUUCCUUCUAACAGUAAUUAUUCCCUUUUCCUAUAAUGAGGGUCACCAAUGUCAUCUGGAAUCUUUGGGGCUUGAGGGGAUAUUACAGCCCGGAGAUGUAAUACUAGGGGCUGUAUUACCAGUUCGCAUCACAAAUGUUUACCAGUAUCCUUCUUUCACUGAAAGACCUCCAACCACCACCUGCACAAUACCUCCUCCAAUGAGCAUCAGACCUCUCCCACCUGCCCAUUACUGGUACAGUUUAAGACUCACGUUGGCAGCCAUUACCGGGGAACAAACAUGUUCCUUCCAAUUUGAGGGUCAGGGAUUUCACUUUGGCUACUUCCAGCAACUUCAAGCCUUCCUAUUUGCUGUAGAGGAGAUCAACAAAGAGGGGAGGUUAUUGCCUAAUGUAACCCUGGGAGUCCAGUGGUAUGAUUCAUGUGGGGUGACCCCGGUGAACACAGAAGGGACUUUGCAAGUGUUAUCAGGACACGGUACGGCCAUCCCCAACUAUCGCUGUCUACGCAAUGUUCCGCUCAGCGCCUUUAUUGGCUCCGCUUCUUCCACGCACUCUAUAUCAGUAGCCAAUAUUCUGGGACUCUACCGAUACCCUCAGGUCAGCCAUUAUUCCACAAGCUCCUUUCUGAGUCACAAGUUGCAAUUUCCCUCCUUCUUCCGGACUGUCCCUAGUGAUGCAUUCCAGUCUGUAGGACUUGCAAAGCUUGUGUUGCACUUCCGAUGGUCUUGGAUCGGCCUACUGGCCGUGGACAAUGACUAUGGACAGCAGGGAAUUCAGGUAGUCAGGCAAGAGAUCAUCAAGGCUGGAGCAUGUGUGGCCUUCAUGGAGAAUAUUUUAACUAGCAAGCAAGAUCGCAACGCUCCACACAUAGUUAAAGUCAUUAAGGAAUCGUCAGCUAGAACUGUGGUUGUCUUCUCCACUGGACUUGAUUUGCUCCCUAUCCUGAAUGAAAUAGUGAAACAGAACAUUAAGGGCAUAUUAUUUGUGGCUAGUGAAGGGUGGUCUACAACUACUCUACAACAUAUGGAACGCUUCUCUCAUCUGCUGUUUGGCACAGUCGGUUUAGCUUAUUACAGUGGGUUGAUUCCGGGAUUUGGAGAAUUUCUUAAUAAGAUCCAUCCUAACAUGACUCUAGGAGGAAAUUUGGUGAAGUCAUUUUGGGAGGAAGCUUUCAAUUGCAAAUUUCCAACUGAAAAAAACUUGUCAAUCCAAGACAAAGUGUGUACAGGAGAAGAGAAUCUAGCCAGUAUCCGGAACAGUUAUAAUGACGUCUCCAAUUUAAGGGUUUCCUAUAAUAUCUACACUGCCGUUUACGUUGUAGCAAAUGCUUUGAAGGAUCUCAGAGAAGGGAACAAAGGGGAAGGUCCAGUUUCUCAUAUAUGGAACUUCAGUCCAUGGCAGCUUCUGCAUUAUAUGAAGAGGGUGAGGGUAAAACUGAGUAGCAGGAGAGAACUUUACUUCGAUGAGAAUGGAGACCCGCCUGCACUCUAUGACAUUGUAAAUUGGCAGCUGGGUCCAAGUGAUGCCAUACGGCAAGUCAAGGUCGGCAGUUACGACACCGCAGCUUCUCUAGGUCAAGUUUUCACCAUCAACUCAAGUCUGUUGCUUUGGGCUACUGAAGACAAACAGGUACCAGUGUCGGUUUGCACUGAGAGCUGCCCACCAGGAUUCAGGAAGGCAGCUAGGAGAGGACAACCCACCUGCUGCUUCCAGUGUGUCCCCUGUCCACAGGGAGAGAUCUCCAACCUUACAGACUCUAUUGAUUGUGUCACAUGUCCAUGGAAUGAGUGGCCAAAUCCAGAAAAGUCCAAAUGCCUUGAGAAACACAUGGAGUUCCUCUCCUAUGAUGAUCCUCUGGGAGCAACUUUAACCAUCACAUCCAUCUUGUCCUUCUUCAUUCCUAACCUAAUUUUAAGACUUUUUAGGCAAAAUAAGUCCACUCCUAUAGUAAAAGCCAACAACUACUCUCUAAGUUGCCUUCUCCUUGUGUCAUUGUCCUUAUGUUUCCUCUGCCCUUUGGCUUUCAUUGGCUACCCCCAACCUGAGAAAUGUCUGCUCCGUCAAGCCACAUUUGGACUGGUUUUUGCCCUCUGCAUAUCUUGCAUUUUGGCUAAAACUAUCAUGGUGGUGUUUGCCUUUAUGGCCACUAGGCCAGGCAGCAAUCUGAGGAGAUGGACUAAUCCUCGGGUGUCCUACAUGAUCAUUUUCGUCGGUUUCUUGUUACAGUUCCUCUUGUGCAUCACAUGGCUGUCAAUCGCCCCUCCUUUCCCACAAUACAACACACAAAGUCUACCCACGAUCAUCAUUGCUGAGUGUAAUGAGGGCUCCACCAUUUCCUUCUGGACCAUGCUGGCUUAUCUCUUUCUUCUGGCCACCAUUAGCUUCAUUGUAGCCUUCCUUGCUCGGAGACUCCCUGACAGUUUCAAUGAGGCCCAGUAUAUUACCUUCAGCAUGCUGGCCUUCCUCAGUGUCUGGGUGUCCUUUAUCCCGGCCUCCCUCAGUGCUCAGGGUAAAUACACCGUGGCCAUGGAAAUAUUUGCCAUCUUGGCUUCCAGUUGGGCUCUGGUGAUCUGCAUGUUCCUGCCUAAAUGUUUCAUCCUAGUGUUCAGGCCAGACAUGAACUCCAAGGAACAUCUAAUGAGAAGAGACAGAGAUCAGUAG